AUGCGGGUCAUUUGGUGGCGCAGCAGCGGGACCACGAGGGUGACGAACCCAUCGCGCACUUCAUUGGGCAGUCGCGGGAGCUCGAUGGCCUCUGGGAGAUUUGACCUCCUUCUCGAGUCGGUCACUUCGUUGCUCAUGUGCACUAGCCACGUCAUAAGCGACUGGAGUUUGGUCGGAUUCUGCGUCCACUGCCCUACGAGGUACCGCACUUCGUUCGAGUCCAUGGGGAACAAAGGCUUUGGAUGUCGCGCUGUUUCUUCGACCCAUUCGUGCGGAGAUCGAUCGUCCAGCUGUGGCGGCGGCUCUGGAGUUUGGCACUGUAGGUCUGCCAAGGCAUUGCGGAGAGUCUGUAGCUGCCCGACCAAUUCGUGGUUCUCACCUUCUUUUUCAUACACUUGGCGAUACAGCCGAGAAAUCUCGUCCUUCUGUGUCGACGUUUGCAUCGACAACGCCUUGACUUGA